GAGAACCGCGUGUGGAGUGAACGCCGUGACUGUCCCUUUCCCGCGUACCCCUCUCGAGCUGAUGUGAACGCAAGGGAAAAUAAUGUUUCUUGGGAGAUCGAGGCCUAACCUUGUGUGGUGGACUUGGUUAGUUUACCUUGCCGCGGCUGAGGAAGAAUGCGGUCCUUGGCUCACCUCCUCGCCCAGCAUCGAGCAGGAGAUCGACCUCAACCCCUUACAGAACGCCAACCUGUGGUUCAGACCCGAAGUAGACUUUGCUCGGAUCACUUUCUUCGUAGUGCCGAGGACUAUCGAGCCCUGGUCCUUCGUACUGACGAAUGCCAGCCUCAUGAAGGCCAUAUUCCUGUCUCAGCCCACGGCGAAGCGGGAAGGGAAGAUCAUAGGACCUUUUAUAACGACCACCUUCGGAUACAAUACCAUAAGAACGCUCAACGUGACCAGCAACGUCACCGUAUUUUGGAAUGUCUGUACCAGCCCCUAUGUCUGCACCGCGCCUCCCACGCCGUACUGUUCAGAAUUCCGGGAUACUGUGCUCGGUGCCCUUUUCGCUGCAGCCUUGGUCGUUGCUGUGGGCGAGGCAGGGUACAUCUGCUACAGGAGAACGAGGGAAGGUGCGCGUCCUUCCUCUGCCAAAGCCACUGCCAGUAGAACAGAUUCGGACACGAUUUACGAGGAAUGGAAUGAAAAUUGGCUAAUGAGAAACGGUCGACGUAUACAAAGAUAAGAAUGAAGGAAGAAGAAGAGGAAGGAGAAGAGGAAGGAGAUGGAGAAGGAAGAAGAAGAGGAAGGAGACGGAGAAGGAAGAAGAAGAGGAAGGAGACGGAGAAGGAAGAAGAAGAGGAGG